UAAAUACUGAAGGACUACUUUAACUGCUACAUAAAUCAUAGUAUAAUGUAAUAUAAUUACUAGUUUACUAUUAGUAUAAUUCCAUUUGCAACUCAAUCAACAGAUUAAGAAACAGUGGUCUUUAGGACCCUGCAACAAAACCAUAGCCUGCAAGGGAAAAAGGAAGAAGAGCCCAAUGAUUGUUACAGUAUGCAGCUGAACAGCACUGCGCUCUCUUAGAUUGGAGAGAAUAACAAAUAGAAGGGGAUUAAAAUGCAGCUGAAAUUCUGGGAAGAGAUAUUACAGAGCAGGUGCUAUUAUCUAGUGAUAUCGUCUUAAAGACUGAACAUAGUGAAUUAUUUAUUCAGUUAGAACUACGUGACACAUCUAAAAAUACAUGCCUGCAGGCAGCACGCACGAGUGAAGUACAAGAAACGGAGGUGAGCAGAGCACCACAGUGCUUAGAGUGUCUAACUGUUCAGCAGCAGUGUACAGAACAAAGCGCCGCCCGCGCCUGCUGCACCGCCCGAAGCACCUGCUAUGAUGCCUGCACCGUCCGAAGCACCUGCUGCACCGCCCGAGAAUACAUUCAAAAUAAGGAUCUUCUGAGACCCAUCAUCUAAAUACAAAAUAACAUACAGAAAGAAAGAAAAGCACUGCAUUUAGGACUGAUCAAAGGAACAUCCAACUGAAGUUCAAGAAGAAAAACAAGAAUGUCAAAACAAGGACACUCCGGUUUAGUGUAUUUGAUUACGGGAGGCUGUGGUUUCCUUGGCCAGCAUCUGCUGCGGACACUGUUAGAAAGAGAAGACGAAGUCAUGGAGAUUCGCCUUUUUGAUCAACUCACCCGACCAAACCUAGUGGACCAUAGCACCGAAAGGGUGAAAGUGGUGUUGAUUCAGGGCGACAUCACGGAUUAUGAGAGUGUGCUGGUGGCAGCCACAGGGGCAGACCUGGUCAUCCAUACUGCUAGCCUGGUGGACGUAUGGCAUCGAGUCCCUGAGGAAACCAUCCACCGGGUUAAUGUUCAAGGAACAGCAAAUGUCAUCGAAGCAUGUAUGGAAUCUGGGAUCCAGUACCUCAUUUACACAAGCAGCAUGGAGGUUGUGGGGCCCAACAUCAAAGGAGACCCGUUUAUCAGAGGGAAUGAAGACUCCUUGUAUGAAGUGUGCCAUGAGAUGCCCUAUCCCAAAAGUAAGGCGGAAGCUGAGAGAUUGGUGCUGGACGCCAAUGGCAAAAAGGGGAAAGAAGGUCUUUCCCUGUGGACCUGUGCCCUGCGGCCCACUGGGAUCUACGGGGAGCAGCACCAACUCAUGAGAGAAUUUUAUCAGAUGGGAGUGCGCACUGGGGGCUGGGUGAUCCGGGGUAUUCCACGUGACACGGAGCACGGCCGUGUUUAUGCAGGCAAUGUGGCCUGGAUGCACCUGCUGGCAGCCCGCAAGCUGAGACAGCACCCCCACAGGCUGGGAGGGGAAGUGUACUUUUGUUACGAUGACUCACCCUACAAAAGCUACGAAGACUUCAACAUGCAGUUCCUGUCACAGUUCCACUUCCGCGAGGUGUGCGUGCCCGUGUGGAUCCUGUGGCUGGUGGCGUGCUUCAACGACCUGCUACAUUGGGCCUUGAAGCCUGUGUGGCUCUACACGCCGCUGCUGAACCGCUACACGCUGGCCGUGGCCUGCACCUCUUUCACGGUGCGCUCUGAUAAGGCCGAGCGGCACUUUGGCUACCGGCCACUCUACAGCUGGGAAGAGGCCAGGGCACGUACACAGAGCUGGGUGAACACCUUCACGGAAAGCCCUAAAGAUACCUGACCCAGCUCACAUUACCUCCCUUUUAACCAAGCAUUUCUCUGUCACUUUCCUCCUUGUCAUAUUUAAAUUCUGUUCUCUAAAUUAUUCAUUCUUCUAAGUCAAUGACGACAUUUUAGGUAAAGAAUUUUGCUGUACUAACAGAAAUACUACUAAUAGUAAUAUCAGAUAGUGUACAAUAUAUAAUAUGACAUGUUAAACAGUUUCAUUUAUAAUAAAUUAAAUAAUCCUUAUAACCACAAAUAUGAAUUUUGUUUCCACUGAUGCGUGAGAGCACAGCUUCAGCAUCUCUGUGUCUGAAUUCUGAAAAAUGCAGAUUAAUGAUUAAUAAUUUCCUUUCUAGGGCGGCAUGGCGGUGCAGUGGUUAGCACUGUUGCCUCACACCUCUGGGACCCGGGUUCGAGUCUCCGCCUGGGUUACAUGUAUGUGGAGUUUGCAUGUUCUCCCCGUGUCGUCGCAGGGUUUUCUCCGAGUACUCCGGUUUCCCCCCACAGUCCAAAAACAUGCUGAGGCUAAUUGGAGUUGCUAAAUUGCCUGUAGGUGUGCAUGCGUGAGUGACUGGUGUGUGAGUGUGCCCUGCGAUUGGCUUUCAGUCAGUAUUGCUGUCAUCAUGUAAAAUAUAUUUCAAACUGACAGAGGGGCAAAACCCAUGACAGAACCUGACAUAAGAUGGGAAAGGCGGACAGACAGACAAGGAAUGGGGACAGAAAGGGAACAGGUGGAACAAAAGGGCCAGGAGUGAAUGGAGGGAAUACAGGAGGACGAGGAGCAGGGACGGGAGGAACAAAGGGACGAGGAACGGAGACAGGAGGGACAAAGACGGGAGGAGUAGCAAACA